AUGACCUACUGUAGUGGAUUCUUCUCCUCUCCUUGGGAUUGCACCAAGAGAAAUAUUUUCCUGAUUGUCUCCAUCUCUUUUACAGCAAUAUAUUUGAUUUUCUAUUUUUUGAAUUCUGGUCACCUUGCUGUUCUAACUGAAACUAAAAUGGAAACUGAAAAUAUUUUACAUAAAAACAUUAUUUCAAAAUUCAAACAAUUCUUAUGGAAAGAAAAUGGAGAACUACGAGCUGAAAAUGAGAAAUUUCGGAAUAAAACCAGAUCCACUUCAACACGGUCAUUUAAAUUCAUUAUUAGUGAAAAAGAGAAGUGUAGAGACAAAACACCUUUCUUGAUAUUGCUAAUAGCAACUACAGCUGCUGAAAUUCAGCACAGAAAUUCCAUCAGAAAAACUUGGGGAAAUGAAUCUGUGGUUCCAGGAGUUGAAGUUAUUCGGUUGUUUAUGCUGGGCCUUGAGAGCAAGGGUCCAAAUGAGGUCAUACUGAGAGAAAGCGAGCAAUAUCAUGAUAUUAUUCAACAGGACUUCCUGGACACUUACCAUAACUUAACUCUUAAAACUUUGAUGGGCAUGAAGUGGGUUGCUUCUUAUUGCAGUGGUGCAAGCUUUGUUAUGAAGACAGACAGUGAUGUUUUUGUUAAUACAAUAUACCUAAUAGAAAAGCUCCUCAGGCCUCUUUCACCUGCUCCACAAAAUUAUUUCACAGGCUGUCUUAUGAAAGGACAUAAGCCUAUUCGGAAUAUAAAAAGUAAAUGGUACAUAUCAGAAGAAGAAUACCCAGGUGACAAAUACCCUCCUUUUUGUUCAGGAACUGGCUACAUCUUUUCUGGAGACCUGGCUUCAAAAGUUGUCAAUGCUUCAGUAACGAUAAAAUUUAUACAUUUGGAAGAUGUUUAUGUAGGGCUCUGUCUUAAUGCAAAGGGAGUACAGAUAGUACCUCCACCUCAUCAGUCAUUGUUUAACAUAUACAAGGUCCCAUUUUCUCCUUGUCUGUACAAUAAUAUAAUUACAUCUCAUCACAUCGGGACAAAUGAGCACAUAUUCUAUUGGGAAACACUGCAAAAGGAGAAGCACAUAUGUCAGACAGAACAGAAAGGCCCAUAG